GUGCCAUGUGAGCUCGGACGCGCGAGGUGCUAUGCCGAAGAGUUGGUCGAUCUUCCUGUUGGUGCUGAGCACCGCGGCGGCGCGCUUCCCGCGCUCCCGCGCCUGGAGCGACCAGGACCUGCUGCUCCCCCCUGUCAACUCCACCAACAGGUUCCUGGCCAACCUGGAGGUGGACCUGCGCUAUUCCAAACGUUCCGUGGAGGAGAGCGGGACCGCGCCCGAAUUUUCGCCCGAGUCUGCGCCGCACCCAGCCUGCAACGUUAGCGUGCACAGACUCUUGCCUACAGCGCUCGUGGCGCGCUGGGACCCGCGCUUCGGCUUCCAGUGCGAUGUGCUCGUAUACACCAUUAACAACCAGGGGAGGGCGUUCUUCUCAGCGGCCUUCAGCCGGGUCGUUUCGCCUGUCUUCAUCGAGCACGUGGGCGUGUCGGGCGCGCAGCAGGAGUUCCGCCUCUGCGUAGGGUGCGCGCUCCCGUGGAACCGGCGUCUCAGCCCUGGCAGGUCGCGUUCUCCGCCUGCGGGAAGGGCCUCCAGCUUCUGUUGCCUUGAGUUCGGCCUCGAUGAGCUCCUGGGGGACAAGAGCUGGCGGCUGAAUCGUAAGCCCGUCGAAUCCACGCUGGUGGCCUGUUUUAUGACUCUAGUGAUCAUCGUGUGGAGCGUUGCUGCCCUCAUCUGGCCGGUGCCCAUCAUUGCAGGCUUCCUGCCCAACGGUAUGGAGCAGCGGAGACCGCGCUGAGUGCCCCGCUAUUCUUGUGGUCUAGUGCCGGUGAACACAGCUGUCCGCAAACACACUGUGUCAGGCGCUAGCACCCGUUCCGAGGAUUUUUUCCGUCUCAGUUGCGACUAAAUACGCAGAGUCCCGCAUAAUCCGCGCGUAAUGCGUCUAGUGUCCUUGUUUUUUCCGUAGUGGACCGAGCGGCGCUCCUUUCGCCGGUCAGUCUGCCGAUGAAUUCGACUUUACUUCCCCGUCAGGACUUAACAACCAUACGUACCGAAAAUAAAAUUCUACAUUUAUUUCGUAAGUUAUUGAUUUUUACAGUCACUUAUCAUUCAUAUACUGUGCGUACGUUAUGGUAACGCAGUAGCAGCAGUGGAAAACGAACGUUUUUUUUUUUAACAAAAUAUCUGCU